GUUCGUCGCUAAAACGUGGAAGAGAAAACACAAAAAGUGCUUCGACAUUUCCCCGGGUAGCGGAGCGGAGGGUGGGUUGAGUCUCUACGGUUCUCAUGUGCUUUAUAAAUCCCUCCUCCCGCGCGUACUCCGACAACUUGUCUAGAAAGAGAACAACCAAAUAUCGCAAAUGGCGGAGACAGCACCAGCCGCAGUGGCGCCGGCCAAGUCCCCGGGAAAGGCGAAGAAGAAGCAGACCAAGAAAGCUCAGAAGAGCGACGGGCCCAGCAUCCCCAAGGCGAUCACCGAGGUACUGGCGGAGUCCAAGGACCGGAAAGGCACCUCGGUGGCCGCGCUGAAGAAGUCUUUGGGGGUCAAAGGCUUGGACGUCGCCAAGUGCAACAAGCGCAUCAACGCCACCCUCGGCCGAAUGGUGGCGAAAGGCGACCUGGUCCAAACGAGAGGAGUCGGCGCUUCUGGCUCCUUCAAACUGGCCAAGCCGGACGCAGCUGCGAAGGCCAAGCCGGCCAAGACGAAGAAACCAAGUGGCCAGAAGCCCGCAACGAAGGUGACGAAGCCCAAAAAGGCCGGAGCGACAGCGGCGUCGCCCGCUAAGAAAAGGAGCUCCAAAAAUUUCAAGAAGGUCGCGAAGCCGACUCCGAAGAAAUCCAAGUCGGCAAGCGGCGCCGCUAAGACCGCGGCAAAGGCGAAACCAAAAGAGAAGCCGGCCAAGAAAGUGACGAAGAAGGCCGCCAAAGCUGUCAGCGCGACGGCCAAAGUGGCCAAGAAGCCGGCACCCAAGAAGACCAAAAAGUGAAGCCGCGGAGCUUUUUUUUUUGGCCUCGAAACAAACCAAAGGCUCUUUUAAGAGCCAACAAGUCCACUCGAAAGAGUCAUUCCAUAUUUCUGCACAUUACUAAACUUGAAUUAACAAGGGUGAAAAUGAGGUUUUUUUUUUUUGUUUUGUCAUAUGCAACAGUACAUGCUAGGUCGAAGAUUCGAGUGAAUAGGAAGUAUUAAGUAAUUACAAAUCCCUACACAUCAAGGGCAAAAAGUGAAGUCAUGAGUAACCCUACAUCUUUCAGUUUUGACUGGGCAAAACAUGAAAUACAUAUCUCCAUUUGUGAGGAUAAGCAGCUUUGGAAAAUGGAUACUUUUGUCAGUUCAACCGACAAUUAUAUGAGACUGCGAAUUUAAAUGAUUCAAAACAACUACUGCAGGCAAUUUAUAUCUAUGUCGUUACUUUUGAAUGGAGAAGUGGGCUCGCCAUAUAAUCGUAAACGCAUCUUUUUUUUAAAAAAAAAAACGUCAAAAUCGGGUGAAAUUGGCCAACAUUAACUUCUGCUCCUGCAGUUAUUGUUCACUUAAAAAAAUCAUAUUCAUUAAUACGUUUAAAAUUAAAUUUC